UCGAUGGCGAUAUCUGUCUUCCAAGCUGCUGCUCUUACUCUUGUAUCAUACAUACUCUGGCGUGCUAUUCGGCCAUACGUUGUUAGGAGUCCUCUUGAGAAAAUAGCUGGGCCGCCAAGUGAUUCGUGGUGGAAAGGUAAUUUUCAUCAGGUGUUCGAUAGAAACGGAUGGCAAUUCCAUCAUGAUAUCGUGGAGAAGUAUGGAGGUGUUGUAAAGCUGCAUAAUCUCUUCGGUCAAGAGAUGCUGUAUGUUUCGGAUCCACUAGCGUUGCAUCACAUUGUUGUGAAGGACCAAUAUAUUUAUGAGCCGACGCAUGCGUUUAUCAGAAUGAACAAAAUGAUCUUUGGCGAAGGUCUAGUUUCAUUGCUCGGUGAACGUCACCGCAUUCAACGCAAAAUGAUGAACCCAGUAUUUUCGUCAAAACAUAUGCGCGAUCUUGUCCCUAUUCUAUAUCCUGUUGCUCAUCAGCUCCGUGAUGUACUUGUGCGAAAGGUAAAGAAGGGGGAGGAAGAGAUCAACGUCAUGAAAUGGCUGUCUUUGGCUGCUUUGGAAUAUAUCGGUCAAGGAGGCCUUGGCUAUACUUUUGAAGCGCUUGACGAAACCAAGACAAAUGAAUAUAAUGAGGCAAUCAGGCUUAUCAGCCUCACCAACUUUAACUUGAUGCUUUAUCGACAAUUCAUUCACUGGGUCGAUAAUAUUGGUACUGCUUCGUUCCGUAGGAAAGUCGUUGAGCUGCUACCUGAGCCUAUGAUCCAAACAUUGGUCAGAAUCGUGGACGUCAUAGAUCGAAACUCGAGAGAUAUCUACCAGAAGAAGAAAGAUGCUUUGCUACAGGGAGAUGAGGCAGUCAACAACCAGGUUGGAAGAGGGAAGGAUAUCAUGAGUAUUCUUCUCCAAGCAAACAUGAAAGCCGAAAAAGAGGAUCGCCUCCCGGAAACAGAGCUACUUGGGCAAAUGAAUACCUUUAUCCUGGCGGCUCAAGAAACGACGACAGGGGCGAUCUCUCGUAUUCUUCACCUACUCGCUCAAAAUCCACAUGUGCAGGAUAGGCUUCGCGAAGAAGUAUCGACGGCACGGGAUCAUGGCGGUGAUCUUGACUACGAUGAACUCAUGGACCUGCCAUACCUCGACGCCGUCGUUCGCGAGACGUUGCGUGUUUACCCGCCGGUGUCCCAAGUCGUCCGGACUGCAAGAAAAGAUAUCGUUAUGCCUCUUAUGUACCCAAUCAAAGCGGUGGAUGGAGCUGAGAUCAGCGAAGUUCCCGUCAAGCGGAACACGGAUGUUAUAGUUGCGAUCAUCGCAGCCAACCGCAGUAAAAAGAUAUGGGGAGAAGAUGCAGAAGAGUGGAAGCCUGAGCGUUGGCUAAAGCCGAUGCCCGAAAGCGUCUCCAAAGCUCAUAUGCCUGGAGUGUAUGCGUCCAUAAUGACUUUCAUCGGCGGAGGGCGUGCAUGCAUCGGGUUCAAAUUCGCUGAGAUGGAGAUAAAGAUGAUCCUAUCAAUGCUUCUCGAGAAGUUGGCCUUCGAGCCUGGCCCCGAGAUUUACUGGGCGAUGAGUGCGCAAGCGUCACCGACGGUGAAGGGCCAAACCGGCCAUUAUCCACAACUUCCGCUAAAGGUCUCGCUCGUAAUGUCUUAAGGUUAUCUAUCUCUCUACACAACUCCAAGAUAGCAACGCCUUUUCGACCGUUUCUGUUCAGCACGGCGGAGUUAGUUAAACUGCUUUCUGAGAACUUCUUUUGCAUGGAAGUUCCUUUGUAGGACGCACGUAAAUUGAUCUUAUUCUGACUAAUAAAAAGCCAA